AGUUUUUCCUUGCACAACCAUAGCGAUCAGGGCUCCUGGAAUGGUGUCGACUUCAUCAUCUAAAAAGGGGAAAGUUUGCCUGCUGCUAGUUGAGGACUGAAACCGUCACAUUUCUCAUGUUGUAUGUCGGUUCUUUGCAACUGGCAACUACUGUACUCGACUAGUCCAAGUGUCCAAGAAUGGCCCUGAAACCGCACCCUUUCUGUUCCACGACACACACAAAUCCGUUAACUAAUCGACACGAACACAAACACACAAGACAGCACGUGAUGCACUCACAUAAUACGCGUGGUUGCCCCCGACGCGUGCCGCUGGCUUCCUUGAUGCGUAGACCAAACUUGCUAGCUAGCUUGGCCUAAUAAGCGGGGUGGCAUGAGUUGGCUUGGAAGAAUCAACGAGGUCGACCCCUCAAGUCACUGGAGCGGCCCAAGCAACCCAAAGCCUCUGCCUCACUCUUCCGAGCAAGCCAUGCAGUUAGGCUAGCAAAGUAGCCAAGCUCUCUAGCAGCUCACCCGUUCCUCCAUUCAUGCCCUCUCCCUGUCCUCCUCAUCCUCUCCGUCGAUCGUCUCUGGCCCGCCACCGCCACCGAUGUCGUGUGCGGCGGCGGAGGCCGGCCUGGUGGCCAUGGACUGCGUGGUGGUGUGCUGCUGCUGCCCGUGCCUGGUGCUGCAGAUCACCGUGUUCCUCUUCGUCCGGCUGCCCCGGAACGUGGUGGUCAAGUCGAAGAGGGUCAUCCUCAGGCGAUGGCACAGGAGGAGGAGGAGGAGGAGGAGAUCGCCAUCCGCCGCCGCCGCCAAGAGGCUCUCCAGAAGCAGCAGCAUGGCCUCGUCGUCGUCCGGCAUGAGGCGCCUCGAGGAGCUGCUGGACGGCGAUUUCGGGGCCACGUUCAGGAACAUCAACGGAGGGCAGUGCAGCGGCAGCGACGCCGGCGAUAGCUGGAAAGAGAAAUGCUUCGCCAUGGACGACGACGAUGGCGGCUGGAAGGAGCAGAGGUGCUUCGCCGUCAACGACGACGACGACGGCGUGUGGGAGGCGCUGGUGGAGCAGGAGGGGCUCUUCUGGUUCGGGAGCUUCUGGGGCCGGACGGAGCAGGGGGGCCCGGUGUCGGCGGAGGAUCGGAUGUACGCAGGCUUGAGCUUGCCGGUAGUCCUAGAGAGAGUGCGCGAUUAGGGGCAACGGCGAUGCAGUUUGAUGCAAACGGCUUGCAUUGCAGUUUCUAAAUGAGGUUUCUACUUUUCCGUCCGGCCAAGGACUUUAUUUUUAUCCGGAGUAGCUACUUCAUUUGGUCCGUGCACUCAUGAUUCCUUACUGUACAUAUGUUAUCAAAUCAUGGUACACCUAUCAAUCAAAGGAGCAAUGUUGAAUAA